GCCGCUCCGCACCUCUUGUUCGUUCACAAUGCAAUCCAUUCCAAAGAGCAGUAAUGCAGUAAUUCGCUGGUUCAAGCUGGACCAAUUCGAACCAGAACGAGCUGUCACGUCAAAUUGGGUCUCAUCAAGGACAUUGCUUAUGAUUCGCACAUUGCCAGUAUUGUAUGGCUUGAUAGUGUUGUUCGGCAAUAUGGGCACUAUGGCUCGAGACGGUCUUUUCCAAUAUUUUUUCUGCUUCUUUACUGAUAUGACUUAUAUUGGAUUGUGUUCCUAUUUAUUGUGUGUAUACGGUCACCAUGUACGAUAUUUAUUAAGUCCAAAGCCUCAUACACCGCAAUCUUUUUUCAAUCAAUGGUCUUUUCUGAAUUACCUCUUUGUCAUUCUAUAUCACACUAUAAUAUGUUUCAACAUUGUAACUCCUGUUGUUUUUUGGGCCUUGAUCUAUGGCUAUAUUAAAAACCAGGUUUCUAAUACCGAACAAUGGUGGCUGGCAACGUCAGUUCAUGCUGUAUCAUUUUUCAUGAUGAUGACUGAAGUCACCUUCACCAAGAUGGUUUGCGUUCCACGCAUGGUCCUCUUUCCACUUUUCGUCUUGAUACUCUACACGUGCUUGACGUUUGUUAUCUUUGCCGUGGACCAUGCCUGGGUGUACCCCUUCCUGGAUUGGUCACAGGGGGCGGAAGCUGCCAUUUGGUACGCUUUAGUUGCCCUGGUUGCCGUCAUUGGCUUCUUCCUAAACUAUGGUGUCCAUCAACUUCGAGAUGCAGUUGCAAGGCGUGUUCACCGACGUGUUCACGGAAACUUUGACGAGACCACUGAUAAAGUCGAGGUCAAGAACGAUGCCGCGGAGGAGGUAUAAAAAACCUACACAACAAACUCUUUUCAUUUACACUCCAAUAUUUAUUUUAUGACAUCGAUGGAUUAUAAUACCUCGCUAUUCACUGAAUAAUCAAUUGACUGCAAGAUUAAUAUUAAUUGAUGUACUUUCUAUUUGCGCCAUUCAACGAAAAUAAAAAAAAUUCCGUCACUGCAACUGGG